AUGGGAGCAGGGAAGCGUUUCCCAAGACCCCUUCCUGAUCCAGCUGAAUACGUUGUUGAGUUCGACGGACCUGACGACCCCAAGCAUCCUUUCAACUGGGACUUCGCCGUCAAGCUGUACAUCUCCGUCAUAGCCUGUGCCGGCACCUUCGUCGCAUCCUUCGCCAGCGGCGUGUUCGCCCCAGGAACCGAGCAAGUGGGCGAAGCCUUCGGCGUCAGCACCGAGGUAGCCACCUUGGGGACCACCCUCUACGUCCUGGGCUUCGCAUCGGGCCCUCUGAUCUGGGGACCCGCCUCGGAGUUGAUCGGCCGACGGUGGCCCCUGAUCCUAGGGCUCGUCGGCGGAGCCAUCUUCGACAUCGGCUCGGCUGUGGGCAAGGACCUUCAGACGGUCAUCAUCUGCCGCUUCUUCGCGGGGGCGUUCGGGGCCUGCCCGUUGUCCGUCGUCCCCGGCGUGCUGACGGAUAUCUACAACAAUGCCCACCGGGGGUUCGCCAUGACCAUCUACGCGCUUACCGUGUUUGUUGGCCCCUUCUGCGCCCCAUUCAUCGGCGGGUUCAUCACCUCCAGUUCCCUCGGCUGGCGCUGGACGCUCUACCUCCCCGCCUUGAUGGGUUUCGCAUUGGGCAUUAUCUCCUUCGCCUUCCUGAAAGAGACAUAUGCCCCCAUUCUCCUGGUCGAAAAAGCAGCCGCCAUCCGCCGGGCAACCCGCAACUGGGGCAUCCACGCCAAGCAGGACGAAGUCGAGAUCGACCUGACCGCGCUGCUGCAGAAGAAUUUCACGCGCCCGCUGCGGAUGCUCCUCACCGAGCCCAUCAUCUUGCUGAUCUCGAUGUACAUGUCAUUCAUCUACGGGCUGGUCUACGCCCUGCUCGAGGCCUACCCGUACGUGUUCCAGACGGUCUACCACAUGAACCUCGGCGUCAGCGGCCUGCCCUUCAUCGGCCUUAUCAUCGGCCAGAUCCUCGCCUGUGCCUUCAUUCUCUCCCAGCAUUCCGGAUAUGUCAAGAAACUCAUCGCGAACGACAAUCGCCCCAUUCCGGAAUGGCGGUUAGGGCCCGCGAUGAUCGGUGCUCCGAUGUUCACGAUCGGGAUCUUCUGGUACGUGUUCGGCUGGACAGGAUUCACCCCGCGCAUCCAUUGGAUGGCACCCACUGCCGCCGGUGUCUUUGUGGGAUUCGGCGUGCUGUGCAUCUUCCUCCCGUGUUUCAACUAUUUGGUUGAUUCGUAUCUCCCGUUGGCGGCAUCGACCGUGGCGGCCAACAUCAUCCUCCGCUCCAGCGUGGCGGCUGGGUUUCCGCUGUUCACGAAGCAGAUGUUCGAGAACCUGGGGAUCCAGUGGGCGGCGACGUUACUGGGGUGUCUGGCAGCCGCGAUGAUUCCUAUUCCCUUUGCAUUUCGGAGAUGGGGGCCGCGGUUGAGGGGAAAGAGUUCCCUUGCUCCCUAG